CCAUAUUUCUCAUAACCUUUUUGUCGCCAAGCUUUACAACAUUAAUAUAUACUGGUGAAAUUUCCAACCCUUUUUUUUGUUUCUUUCUCUCUCCCAAAGUAUUUGCCGAGAGUUAGAACGUCCAGUAGAAUAUGAUCAAAUUAAGAAUCAAUCAAUUAGUAUCAGUCACAUCUAAAGCUACUUCUACCAAGUCAAUCAUGUCAAUUUUGACCUCCGCUAAACGUUACAAUUCUUCCCAACCAAAAGGGGACUUGUACAAGUUUCAAUCCCAAUUGCCUAGAUUGCCGGUACCUGCUUUGCAAGACACAGCAGCCAAGUAUUUAAAGUCGGUUGAACCAUUCUUAUCACCAGCACAAUUGGCAGAAACCACCGCAAAAGUGCAAGAUUUUAUCAAGCCAGGUGGUGUCGGUGAAACAUUACAACUGAGAUUGACUCAGUUUGCCCAAGGCAAAGACAACUGGUUGGCUGAGUUUUGGGAUGAUUACGCUUAUAUGUCAUACCGUGACCCUGUUGUGCCAUAUGUCUCUUACUUUUUCUCCCAUAAGGACAUUAGAGGGGUUGUUGGUGAAAACCAAUUGCUCAAAGCAUCUUUGAUUGCGUACUACACUAUUGAAUUUAUGGAACAAGUUGAAUCUGAACAAUUACCAGCUGAAGUUGUCAAGGGAACUCCAUACUGUAUGAAUGCUUUCAAAUAUAUGUUCCACAACUCUCGUGUCCCAGCUCCAGGUUCAGAUAUCACUAAGCACUAUGAUGGUCAAGAAAACCAAUUCUUUGUCGUGAUCUACCAAAACAACUUUUACAAGGUUCCUACCCAUGAUGCUAAUGGAAACAAGUUGAACAAGGGUGAAAUUUACCAAUACUUACAGCAAAUCAAGAAUGAUGCAACCCCUCCAGGUAUUGGUUUAGGUGCAUUAACCUCAUUAAACAGAGAUGAAUGGUUAUCUGCCUACAACACUUUACGUAAAUCUCCAGUCAACGAAGCUUCUUUGGAAACUAUUUUUGCAUCUGCGUUUGUCAUUUGUUUAGAUUCAUACAAUCCAAUCACCAUUGAAGAAAAGUCAAGAAACUGUUGGCACGGAGAUGGUCAAAAUAGAUUUUUUGACAAGCCUUUGCAAUUCUUUAUUGGUGCUAAUGGUAACUCUGGUUUCCUUGGUGAACACUCAAGAAUGGAUGCCACUCCAACUGUUCAAUUAAACAACACCGUUUACAAGCAAGUUAUUGCUGAAAAUGAAAACUCCAACUUGGUUGAAGAAGUUGCUACUUUCUUACCUCGUGUUGGUAAGGCGGAAAUCAUUCCAUUUGACAUUGACCCAGUCUCCCGUACCAAUAUCGUAGAAGCAAUUGUUAAGUUUGAAGAAACCAUUACGGCUCAUGACGAAGAAAUUUUCCAAUACUAUGGCCAUGGUAAGAAUUUGAUCAAGAAAUUCAAAACUUCUCCUGAUGCCUACGUGCAAAUGAUGAUGCAAUUAGCAUACUACAAGCUUACUGGUAAAGUUAGACCUACUUAUGAAUCAGCUGCUACUAGAAAGUACCUCAAGGGCCGUACCGAAACUGGUCGUACAGUCUCUAACGAAUCCAAGAAGUUUGUCGAAACCUGGACCAACCCAACUGCAACUAUUGCCGACAAGGUUGCCACAUUCCAAGCUGCUUGUAAACAACACGUGUCGUAUUUGUCCUCCGCCGCUGACGGACAAGGUGUUGAUCGUCACUUCUUUGGUCUCAAGAAUAUGCUUGCUCAAGGAGAACCGGUUCCGGAAAUCUUCACGGAUCCAAUUUUCAGCUACUCGAGUAAAUGGUACAUCUCGUCGAGUCAAAUUCCAAGUGAAUAUUUCCAAUCUUGGGGAUGGUCGCAGGUCAUUGACGACGGGUUUGGCUUAGCAUACUUGAUCAAUAACGAGUGGAUCCACGUUCACAUCAGUUGCAAACGUGGUAACGGGUUGAGUUCCGAUCAUUUGAAGUGGUACCUUGUUGAAAGCGCCAAUGAAAUGAAGGACGUGUUGAGCAAGGGCUUGUUAGAAGGGAAGGUUGAAGAGAAGAGCAAGGCUAAGUUGUAAGCUAGAUUAUCUUUUAUACGUAAAUUUGAAUAUAUGUAUUUAUUAGAG